AACUUGAUUUUCAAGUAUCUUCAAAAUGUUUGUAUCGGAAGCAAUGCAGUGUCUAGCCUUUACCUCGUCUCAAUUUCCUCUAAUGUUUUUGUAAUUUUUAUUCGCGUUGAUUUAGAAAACAAGGGUGCAGAUAUGGGAUUCGACGAAUUCAUGAAUCUUGUACUCGAUAACUCGGAAGAGGUGAACACCAAGAAAAAGACGCGGAAGGCAUUAGCGUCGCUUAAUUUUUCCGCGAGCAACGCGCGCGUAAAGGCACUAUUAAAAUCUUCUCCGACUCAUAAAACAGUUCGUGAAGCAGCUCCGCACGAACGGAAACUGUUUACCCUCGUCGAGGAGCUUGGUACAACUCCAAGGGUUACGAAAUUUUCGAAUUCCAUAAGAGAGGAAUUAGAGCAGCCCACCCCUUUACGCGGACCGGAUCCUGUGACAGUCGACAAGCUGCUGCGAGCUGCGAAUGAUGCUAAAGAACAAAUAGAAUUAUUGGCACAACGUCAUGAAGAAAUAACUUCUUCAAUAGACAGUCUGGAAUCUAUAAUGGAAAAGCAAAGAAUAAAACUAGAAAAAGUCAAGAUAGCCGAACGGGUAAAAGGUAUGGAUCACGGAACGGCAAAUGAUGAAACUUUAAAUAUAACGAAUGAAAAGGCGUCUAAAUUUGACGAUGAAAUCCGACACCAUGAGAUGGAAAUCCUCGCAUUGGACAUGUUGAAACAGGAAUAUAUAAAUAAGAUUAAUUCUCUCAAUGACGAAUUGGAAGAACAAAAACGCAAAGAAGCAGAAGAAAUUGAAUUAAACCAACGCCUGGGAAGCUUAGUAUUGAAUGAAGAAUCAGACGAGAUUGACGAAUUUGAUGAAUUAGUGACAAAUCAAGAUGUGAUCGAUCGCAUGAAACUUCUUGAAUUCAAACGGGAGAUCCUAUUGGAACUAGAUACGCAACUUGAAGAACUAGAAGAAAUCGCAUCUCAAAAAGUGGAUGAUAGUGAAUUUGGUCGUUUGAAAUUCAAAAUCCAAAGUAUUUUGAAGAGGACAGAUAUGGUCGAUACGAUUUCAACGCUUGAACAACUUCUGGAAGACCAUCAAAAUGGUUCGCUAUUAGAAUUUGAUAUCGACAUUAUAAAUGAAAUCAGUAGUACAUUAAUAGAAAGUGUCGCUGAAGCAGUUGAAAAACGUGAUAUUUAUCUGGAUAAAUCAAUACCAAUGCCGUCUCAGCAAAUGGUUCUCUGUGCAAUUAUAUUGCAGAUUCUUCGUGAUGCUGGUGGUGAAUUGCCUCUUGCUGAUCUUAAAGAAAGGAUCGGACAAUCUGCACGAGAGAAAGGAUGGAAGGAUUCUGAUGGGAUCAACGCACUUUAUAUCCUCGUUGCUAAUUUCCUUGUGACUUUUAAUCAUUCUAGAAAGGGUUGCCCGGUUACAGCUCACGUGUGA